AUGCCAGCGAUUCCUCAGUUCCCACAACCACAAUAUCAUCAGGCUCAUCAAGGCCAUCAACACCCAAAUCAGCAACCUUCGACCUUUGCGUUCCAAUGUGGACCAUUGUUGCGGUACCAAAACCUAGAUAUCCAUAAUGGACAUUGGAUUGGAUCUGUAUUAAUGGUUGCGAGACCUGAAGCCAUUGGACAGCCCCCACCAGUCUUGACCUGGAAUGAUGGUCGAUCAACGCCUCAAGUAGUGAUCGGUCAAUCGAUUGAUACUUAUAACCAGUCGGUCUUUUGGAGAUUUGCUCUGGUGAUUCCUCAGGAUCAGCAUGGAACGAAGAAGAUUACCUAUUCCAUCAAUGGGGGACCCCAAUAUUGGUUCUUUGUCGCAGGAAGGACAGAAUCGUUCAGGUGGAUGUUUUAUUCCUGCAAUGGAUUCUCUUCUAGUACAGACGCUGUCGCUCUUGGAGGUGCCAAUCCCUUGUGGAAUGAUGUGUUGGCCAAACACACAGAGCAACCUUAUCACGUCAUGAUCGGAGGAGGCGAUCAGCUUUAUUGCGACUCACUCUUGAAUGAGAAGGAAAUGGUUGAAUGGUUGGCCAUUACUUCGGUCGAAGGACGAGAGAAGGCCUCCUGUAGAACUGAGUGGACUCUUGCAAUUGAGAACUAUUAUUUCAACCGAUACUGUCAUUGGUUCUCUAAGGGUACCUAUGGUCAAGCCCUUGCUGCCAUCCCUACCAUCAACAUGUGGGAUGAUCAUGACACUAUUGACGGCUAUGGCUCAUAUCCAGAAUCGACUCAAAAGAGUCCUGUCAUGUCAACCAUUGGAGCGAUCUCACGUCGGUUCUACUUGUUAUUCCAACAUCACACCACUCCAGCAUUGGUUCCCCAACAUGGAUACUUCUCUGCAGGUAUUGGCGAAAACAUUUUGACAUCCUUGGGACCGACGACCUCGAUCCUUGUUUUAGAUGCUCGUUCAGAACGAACCAAGAACAUGGUCUGUUCCGAUCAGACAUACGAUUUAGCAUUCGCCAAAAUGUAUCAUGAAAUUCCUCAAGGAACUCGACAUCUCUUGGUUCAGCUGGGUGUUCCCAUUGCUUAUCCACGUUUAGUCUUUGCAGAGAAUUUGAUGAGUGGUGUCGGAAAUGUCUUGGGAACUUUGGCUGGUGCGAAGAGCGUGGUCAACAAGUUGAAUGGGGAACCAGAGUUGUUGGAUGAUUUGAACGACCAUUGGACUGCCAAGGCACACAAGGCGGAGCGUAACAAGUUCAUUACUCGUCUUCAGAACUUUGCUAACGACCGUAAGAUUCGAGUGACGUUCAUUUCCGGUGAUGUCCACUGUGCAGGUGUGGGCCGAUUCCAUGCCAAGAUCUCACCACCAGAAAACGAUCCUCAGUUGAUGUAUCAAGUGAUUUCUUCUGCGAUUGUGAAUGAGCCUCCUCCAGAUGGUGUAAUCAGGUUGUUGCAUUUCCAGGAUAAAGUCCAUAUCUUGGAAGGUCGUGUCAAGACCUAUGAAGACAUGUAUCCCAUGUUCACUAUCGACGUCGAUGGAAAGCCUCUUCAAAUGGAUAAACUCAUGCCUCGUAGGAAUUUCUCGCAUGGCUACUUCAAUCCGCACACAGGUGGUUUAGACAUCACCAUCUUUGUCGAAAAUGUUCGUGGUGGACCCGAGGGUACCCCUGGUGGUGACAGGGGUACGAAACCAUACACGAUCCAUGUCCCACGCUUAGACCCAUAA